AUGUACGGCGGCAGUAGCUCGCCGUUUGGGCACAUGACGUCAUCGACGUCGUCCUCAACUUCGUCGUCUUUCAUCGAGAACGUCGUGCACAUCCCGAACAAGCCGCGGCUGUCGAUCGACGCCUCGGCGAGGGCUCUCAAGACGGUCUACCUGUCGCCCAACUUCCUCGCUUCCGGUUCGUCCUGACUCCGCUCUCUCCUCUCUAAUUGGAUUUGUUCAGCGGCGUCUCUGAGUGGCGACGACGACGUGGCCCGACGCAUCCGGGAGGCCACGCAGCGCUACAACCAGUUCGGCUCCGAGUUCUACGAAAGGUUCGCGCCUGAUUGACAAGACUGCGAGCUUUAGCUCAUUUUCAUGAGCAUUCGUCAAAGUUUCAAAGCGCAGCAAAGACUUUUUUUUUUUUGAAGAAAUCACUAUGUAACAAUUCGGCUAACCAUGCUUUCGGCUUGUAAUUUCUACGGAGUUUAAAUUUGUUUUUAUUCCUGACCUUAACUUUGAGACUGUAGUCAAGAAGCCUGUAUACAUCAGAAAUACUUUUCGAAAAGUAUAAGGUUUGCCUCCGAAACUUCUUGAAAACUAGAGUUCAGCGUGCACGAAAUCUCCAAGACUUCCAACACCUACGAGCGUCUCUUGUCAAACUCCCUCCAAAGGAAGCUCACCCAGGUUUUUUCGUGCUCCAGUAUCUCAAUUUAGCAAAUAAUAAAAAUAAAUCAAAAGUUAAUUUGAGCAUCUCAGUAGUUUUGUAAUACUUCUUGGAAUAACAUUAUCAUUUUUUUUUAAUUGAACAAUCUUUUUUAGGACAUUUUUGUGAUGGGAAGAGAACUUCGAAAUGUUAGAAUUCUUUGGGUGUUUCUCUUUUUUUGGAAACAGCCGAUCACUGCGAUCAGCAAAAAAAGAGGAGCGACGUCUGUGUUCUUCAUAAUCGAAUGGGCGCGCUUCGAUGCCUGAGAACACUCAAGUCAAAGUUCCGAAAUAGUCGCGCGCCACACCCAAAUGUUACGGUAGAUUAUUGGGGUGGCUCAUUGGUGUAAUGGGACACCGCGUGCAACAAAAACAAAAACAAAAUAAUAAAUCGAGAGAAAGGAAAACAAGACGACGCAGAGAUUCAGACGGACAGCCACGACGACUCCGGCAGAGCCACGACCUCUUCUGAAGCCUCGUCCAGCUGCGACUUCCAUCCCGAUGACGAACGCACUGGUCAGUUUACAACCUCUUGUAGACUCAAAAACAUUAGUCAACUUCUGAUGAGUUCAUAAUGAAACCUUUUAAAGCUUUUCGGUUUUAGAAAGCGCAUAUAUGCCAUGAGUUGGCUUUCGUUUAAAAUUUUUAACAGGAGUAUAAGUUUUCUUUGAACUUCUUCAACAGGUGAAUGAUAAUUUUGAAAAUAAAAGUUUUUUUUAACUGCACCAGAUAUUAUUCACUGUGAACAGCACCGCAAGACUGUUUUUUUUUUUUUGGGAAAUGUUCGCUAUCAUCUGUGAGAUAGUUUUAUCUCGGGAAAUCGUCUUCUCUAUCCAGAUUCAUGAAGUUUUAUAAUACACGUAUGCAAUAAGUCUCAAGUUAUGAAACUUGAAUAGAGAAAAAUUUAUCUAUAUUUUCCUUCACAAAUUCGUUUUUUUUUUCUCGGAAAGUUAUCAAGGAACACAACUGAGAGUUAAAAAAAUGAAAAAGGUGUCGAAGCUAAAUUUUAAAGAAUGAAGGAUACCUCCCUGUUUAGUCAUCUUGAAAAUAGCAGUUAGAAAAAUAGGAAAUAGAUUUUUUUUUUUAUAAAACCUUGCGGAAAUUAUUCGAUUUAGAGGCUUCACCGCUAUCCCACAUUAUAUAAAGUGGUAUUAUGAAAACUCCACAAAGAUUUUUUUACAUUUUUUUGCAAUUUUUUUUUGGGGGAGGGGGCAAUAAGUCACGUCUGGAUGAAAACAGAGAUUUUUCCACUUUUUAACUAUAUAAGGGCAGACCUUUUUCUGAAAAACAGCCAAAAACCCCCUCCAGACUUUUUUUCUGAAUCAAAAAAACAAUAAUCUUUAAGGUCAGAGCUUAAUUUUUAUUUUUCUUCAACAUAACUUUGAAUCUUAUUUUUUUAUAUUUUUUUCAAAUUUUCGUGAGUCAUCUACUCCUGGACUGAUUGAGUGCUCUACUUGCCCAGUUGGCUCGAUCAAAUAAAAUAAAAUAAUUUAUUUUGUUGUUUUAGUCAGAUAUAAUCGACUAGGCGGUGAACAAGAACUUUCAAAGCUAUAACGAACAACCGCCUUUGGUGAACUUGAAGUCCUAGCGUGUAGUCGAAAGGAUUGAAAGCAUGCUCUUACGGUCCUUCUGCGCGUAGUCCAUUCAGUUGCGGCUUGACGAGCUUAUAAUGUAGCGGAUGUUGUGCUGGAACCCGGAGACCGUGCUCUAGGUGGAAGCCUCGAAAGGAGAGCGACCACUUCGAGUGAAAAUUUCACACGGAAUUAAGAUUUUACCCAGAAUUAGAAAAAAUAAAACGUUUCUAAAACAUUGUAUCACUACGGCAACUUAAAGAACGCCAUGACUACUGUAGACAGAAAUUUCAAAAAGUGCAUAAAAAAGGCCUGUUCGAAAUGAAAAUUUUGCUGCUAAUCAGAACGUUGCAGCUUUCUCGCCUUACCGACAACGGCUACGAGGCUUUCCCUCGACGCAGAGUCUCUUCGAACCCAACGAGUUUUCUACAAUGUCUGCUCGACUUGAGCAGAUCAAAAGCGACUUUUUUGCCGAAGACAGUAAGUUACUCAGGAAUCCAGAGCAUGUGAUGUGCCAUCUUUUCAGGAAAGCUACCGGAACCCUUCUCUUCCAUUUCCGGCUUCAACACGCCCACAACUGCGCUAGGAGCGGCUCUGCAGGACUUGAACAUGAAAAGUAACGUUUGUUCGUUUUCGAUAAGAAGUUGGAUUUUAAGGCGCUUUCGCUCCAGUUUCCCCUCGAAAUCGGACGACGUUUGAAUCUCGCCGGUCAGGAUACAAAAUAUCGGAUCUUCUCAAUGUUUUGUUUGUUUUUCGACACAAUCCAAUCUCACUCUUUCCAGGAUGGUUCAAUCAGCAGAAAUAUGGAAACGAAAGUUCAUAGGGUUCCCAUCAGACUUGUGCACUCAAGCUCCACCCAUGGUACUGUAUAUGAAGUUUCAGGAAUGAUUUCCUCUUUGCAGAUCUUCCAUCGACAUCUAGAAAUCUCAUAACUAAGACGUCACCCGUUGCUGAAGAAAAAGAAGCAGUUGAUCAAAACAUGGAGAGCCCUACAAGCCCCAUUUCAAAACAGGCAAGAAGUGAGUUUCAGGCAGCCUUUCCUACAACAACAUUCUCAGAAAGCCCAGUAGAACUUUGUGAGAAUAGUCAGGGUUUGGAUGAAAAUAUUUUCUAUUUGAAAUUCUAAACUAUAUUGAUGGUCUGUAAAAAUAUUUCCUAGCGACUCAAAGUUGAAAAAAUGUGUUCUGAUCAAAGCGAUCACAUACUGGAUGAGAUGUUGAGCUCGUUAAAAAGUUCAAAAGAAACAAGUCUUCCAUAAUUCCAAGUCGAUUUUCAUGUUGGAUGGUUUUCCAGCAUCUUCCCAUCCGUUGACGAUCAACGUGGAGACGCAGAGUGCGACCUCAGACCUGCCCUCGUCGAUCUCCUCAUCGGUCAACUCCUUUGUCUACCACCCACGUUUUGACGUCGAAACCAUGCAACAGCAGCUGGAGGAGCUGACUGCAGCUUCUUGUCGUGCCGUUCUGCCUGACGCCAGUGGACUGGUGGACCCCGAGAAAGUGAGGACACAACUUGAAGCCGUCCGUCGGCAGAUGGAGUCCGUCCAACAGAUGAUCCGCGACGCACAAGGAGAACUUCGCGUAGCGCAGGAACAACAGCUUUCGAGCAAUGUGAGCGUAUUCCGAUGGCAAUCUUCAAAUGGAGCUUCUUUCAGGAUUCGGCGAUCGACGAGGCGUGUGAACCUUCACCGUCGUCGUCUCAGGCCGACUCAGACUCUUCCAGAGACAAGGUCAGCUCACAAAAACAACAAUCUUCAAAGACGAAUGAUUUAUUUCUUUGUUAGUUUCAUCAAAUAACUUUCACAACUAACUAACUAGAAGAUCUAACUAGAAGCUCUUCAACCAACAAAUGCCUCAAUAAAAAAAGCUUUUUUUUGACGUUAUUGUAGAAAAAGCUCUGAACUUUUGCAAUUUUUUUUUGAAAAGGUGUUAGCUCAUUUUUUUCGUUUAAAAAAAUGUUUCCUUGUCGAAGAGAGAUUUUCGAAAAGCUUACUAACACACAUAAUUUUUUUACUGUUAUACAGAUUACUUUCUCUUCGGCUGUUGUAGUGUAUUUUUAUUUUGAAUUGCAAAAGAAAUUGUGCAAUAAUCAUGAAAUCACUGAACGAAUGUUUAUACGUUCCCAAAAAAGAUAGAGAAGUCACUACUUAAGGUUUAUAUGGGCUCGAAGUUUGACUGACCAAGUUUUGUCCUUGCCUGAUAUUUGGAUAAUGAAGUAAGUCUUGACAUUCCGUUCAUAGUUGCUGGUUUUUGGGAACUUGUAUAUACUUUUUGCCCAUUGCUUCGUAUAUGGAGCAAUUCUAUCUUUCAACGAGUUUUUCGGUUGCAGAGGCUGCACCACUGCUCACAUCCGUCGUGCGGGAAAGUCUACACGAAAAGCAGCCAUCUGAAGGCUCAUUUUCGAACUCACACAGGAGAGAAACCCUACCAAUGCGGCUGGCCAGGCUGCGACUGGAGGUUCGCCCGUUCCGACGAACUCACGCGGCACUAUCGGAAGCACACCGGAGACCGACCCUUCAAGUGUCCUCAGUGCAGUCGCGCCUUUUCCCGGAGCGACCAUCUCAGUCUCCACAUGAAGCGUCAUUUCUAG